AGAGCCAGCCUCCAGGUACACUGUAGCUGUAGAAAGCUGUCACCCUCAGGCAGUCCUCAUCAUUAUCUUACAGCAGAACUAACGUUUGUGACAGAGAGCAGUGUACGAGAGGCAGAGAUAGAUCUGAGAUGGCUCUUCUAAAGCAGUGCAAGCAGCAAGUAUGCGAUGUGAUAGAGCAAGAGUCUGAGAAAUUACAUGCCCUGAGCCAGGACAUAUGGAAGACUCCAGAGCUGGCUUAUAAGGAACACACAGCUCAUCAACUCCUUACAAGCUUCUUCUCCAGCCGGGCAUGGGAGGUACAAGCCCACUACCAUUUGGAUACUGCCUUUCGAGCACAGUGGACCUCUGAAGCCACUAACAGCCCUUGUCUGCAUGUAGGCUUCCUGUGCGAGUAUGAUGCUCUGCCUGGGAUAGGGCAUGCCUGUGGGCACAACCUGAUUGCUGAAGUCGGGGCUGCUGCUGCACUUGGACUGAGAGGAGCUUUGGAGAGUGUGCAACCACCACAGCAGGUCCAGAUCACAGUGUUAGGAACACCUGCUGAGGAAGAUGGUGGAGGGAAAAUUGAUCUUCUCAAGGCUGGAGCCUUUGAAGAUAUGGAUGUCGUGCUUAUGGCUCAUCCUGGCCAAGGUGAUACAGGUUAUAUUCCAGCUGAAGCCAUACAUGAAGUGACUGUGAAGUAUUAUGGAAAAGCUUGUCACGCUUCUGCAUACCCAUGGGAAGGAAUUAACGCUUUAGAUGCUGCUAUUCUUGCAUACAACAAUAUCUCUGUCUUAAGACAGCAAAUGAAACCCACCUGGAGAGUUCAUGGAAUAAUAAAAAAUGGUGGUGUGAAACCUAACAUCAUCCCAGAUUACACUGAACUAGAGUUUUAUUUGCGUGCACCAUCACUUAAAGAUCUUGCUGAUUUACGGGAAAAGGCACAUGCCUGCUUUAAUUCUGCAGCUACAGCAACUGGAUGUAAGGUGGAGCUGUCCUCUUCUACCCAUGAUUAUUAUGAUGUGCUUCCAAACAAAACUCUCUCAAAAACAUACAAGGAGAAUGGCAAGCAACUGGGAAUGCAGUUUGCUAGUGAAGAAUUGGAGUUAAAAGCUAUGGCAGGUAAAGUUUGA